AUGCUUGGCAAGCAAUUGUGGCGGGUACUCCAGCAGCCACAGAGUCUUGUGGCUCGUGUUUAUAAGGCGAAAUACUUCCCAUCUUGUGAUAUUUUACAGGCCUCUCUUGGGGAUCACCCCUCGUUCGCGUGGAGGAGUUUAUUGCAUGUCAUCAAUGCACUACGGUAUGGGUUUCAUUGGCGGCUUGGAAUAAAUAGUGUCGUUCCCAUGCACGGUGCCCGUUGGGGUGGUGUUUUUCCGGUACAGUUUGAGACCAAUUAUAUGGAUAAUACCGCCCAGCCGGUGUUAUGUGGGGACUUUAUGAUUCUGGAUGCUCUUUCUUGGAAUGGCCCGCUCGUUCAACAAGUCUUUACGGCUGCUGAUGCGGAAGCGAUACUUCAAUGUGUUAUCUCCCCCAUCCAUUCCAAUAUUCGUAUGUUUGGCUGGCGCGCUGCUCAUGAGGCUCUUCCAGUUGGAUGUCGACUCGCCCAUGUUGAUGCUUCGAAAGUCAGCUGCUGCUUAUGCGGUUAUCCGGAUGAAACGGUCACCCAUGCUCUGCGGGAUUGCUCGAUGGUCUCUCCAAUCCUGGCAGCAGCUGGUUACGAUUGCCGGUCGGACACAAGGAGUUUCUCUUCCUUUGGUGCUUGGUUAGAGAAUAUGAUACUCAACUUGACGGUCCAACGAUUCGUUUCACUAUUGGUUUUGCUGUGGAAGAUUUGGCACGGUCGGAAUUUAUAUUUUCAUGAAGGACGCUUAUUACCUGGGUGGCAGUUAAUCGCUUCGGCCGAUGCUCUUCAGUCGGCUUUUUCAGCUGCGAUGGUAGCGUCUUCUUCUUUGUCAUCACCGUUGCAUUCGGAACUCUCUUUUCAAAGAUGGCAGAAACCACCGGUUGGUACCUUUAAAAUUAACGUAGAUGGGGCUUGUCCCCGUUUCCCAGCAUCUACAUCUAUCGGAGUUCUUGUUCGGGACAGCGCUGGAUUAGUCGUGGCGGGUGAAGCUUUACCAGUUGAGGCGACACGUUCGGCUGGAGUUGUUGAAGCUUUGGCGCUUUGGCAAUGGACUUAG